AUGGGACCUCCUCGGCUCCCUGAUCUGCCGACCGAGCUGAUCUACCUCAUCGCCGGCCAUCUCCCCCGAUCAUGCGAUCUCUCGGCCCUGGCCCGGACAAACCAACGGCUCUACUGCAUCAUCAACAACAUCCUCUACACCGGAGCUGUCAAGCCUGGCAGGGACCCUCAACCCCUUCUCUGGGCCAGUCGGAAGGGAGUCCCGUCUACCGUGGACAAGGCUAUUUGCGCCGGUGCCAAACCAGACUACCUCUUCGAGUUUGUCCUCUCCCGCAAGGCCUGGGAACUCGUCUGUGCCCUCGAACGCGCCACCGCCCCCAACCAGGACUUGGAAUUUGACGAUUGGAACUGGACUGCUACCCCCAACACCAGCCACGGUAACCCUGCCACCCCGGCACUCUACCGCGACCUUCACGAGAUAAUAGGUACCAUGCGCGUUCCGUGGGAUCUCGCCCCCAAUCCGCCUUCCAACUUGGCCGGCCCCGCUCCAAAUGCUCUUCUCGGCGUCUUGGACAAUGAACACAACCAAGAUGACCAGGAUGACGAUGGUUCCGACACUGAACCCCUUUCCGAGCCUGAUGUUCCCUUGCCCUUUCCCCCUCCACCCGGAGGAGGACUUGUUGGCGCCUUUCUGGGCAACCUUUUCCAAGCCGUUGCCAACCACAACCACAACCCAUUUGACGACGACGAAGAGGAAGAGGACGAAGAGGACGACGACGACAUGAUGGAUGAAGAUAGCGAGGUGGACGACUGGGUACAGAACAUGCGGACAAGGGGAAUCACGCGCCGCUGUGCCCCCAUACACAUAGCUGCCAGAGAAGGCCAUAACGCCGUCAUCGAAAAGCUGCUGGAGCAUGGUGCCAACAUACAUCUUGAGGCCGAAUGGUAUUGCUCCUGCCGCCCGCCCCUCUCGCUAUGGGAGACGCGCGAACUCGAGGCUGCCGGCACACUGCGCGAGAACCUGGAAGCUUCCUAUUGGCCUGCUAUCCACCUAGCCAUGUGUUUCUCCCGCUUCGACACUGCCAAAUUUCUCAUUGAGCGUGGUGCCCUGAACAACAUCCCCAAGGGUCAUCUGGGGUUCACCGUGCUCCACCAGGCUGCUUCCAUCGGAAAUCUGGAAAUGCUCAAAUACAUUGUCGAGGCAGGCAAGGCCACCUGGCCUACGGUCGAUGUCGAAGAUGACAUGGGCCUGACGCCUCUCUACUUUGCCUGUGCCAAGGGUCAUUGGGACACCAUAGUCCCCUACCUGAUCGAGAAGGGCGCCAACAUCGACAAGGAGUUCGAGGUGGAUCUGUGGGAAUUCAAGGCCAAGACGACACUUCUCGGCGAAGCUUGCUACCUCGGCCACUACGAUCGGGCCAUGCAGCUCAUCGAGUUGGGCGCAGAUGUCAAACAACAGCUCGAGUUCAAUCAGCUGACAUUCGGCAGACGGCACCGUCUGGACGAAGCGGAUGAGGAAGACGAGGAGGCCAGCGAUGGCAUCAAGAGGAUCCCGCUUCUUCACGUAUGCUGCACCGCUCCUCGAGCAAAGGAUGAGGAUGGCUACUACUCGAUGCAGCCACCGCGAACUGGUUUAAGGCUGCCUAGAAACGAGGAGCCGGCAGCGUUGGAACGUGUAGCCCUGAUAAAAAAGCUUCUGGCUGCUGGCACGCCUAUUGACCAAAGCUGGGACGACGGCAACGGAGAGACUCCUCUGUUCAUGGCCGCACAGUUCCACGUCACCUCGGCAGUCAGAGCGCUGUUGAAAGCUGGUGCCGAUCCCCUUGUCCAAGACAAAAACGGUCGAAAUGCAUUGAUGGCCGCACUCCAUCACCCACUUGGCGAUCAACCCUGGACCACGUUCGCCGAGUGCUUCCCAGCGAGUACCCGGCCAGACAAAGCACCCGAGAUUGUGCGCUUGCUUUUGGAGGCUGGCGUUCCUGUCAACCAUCGGGACUCCAAGGGACGCACCGCGUUGCACCUCGUCUUUCGGCCCAGGAGAGCGUACGAGUUAGGAUCAGCGACGGACGCCAUCUGCAACAUCGUCCGCUUGCUGUUCGACGCUGGUAUUGACCCGUGCAUCCGGGAUCAUGACUCCGUCCCCGUCAUUAAGAAUGCGCUCAAGUGGGAUUACGGCCGCGCUGCUGAGCUCCUGGUUCAAUUCCACGGUCCCACCAUCGGCUCACAUUUGAGUGCUAGGGAGUUCCGAAAAUGCUAUUUGAUGAUAGCCGAGACCCCUUACUCCAGGCUCUACACCCCUUAUGUCAGUGGAAGUUCCGAUCCAAGCAAUUCGUAUGAUCUGCUCCUUGACAUCGACAGCUCUCAUUACCUCACCUCGGACAAGACUCUUUUAUUCGACCUGAUCAGGAAAGGCGCCGACAACAACAUCCAAUUCCUCACGGCAGCCGAUAAGCUUGUCAAGCGUGGCCUGCAUCGCAUGAACCUGACUCUCGAAGAGAAAAUACGAUUGAUCCACAAAAGCAUCGACCAUGACAUGCAAAGGGUGCUGAUAGAGGCCGUCAACGUCACCGUCCACGACAUCGACCCAACCAUUCUUCGGGACAAGGCCGUGCUCGAAGAGGCCCUGCUGCUUAUCCUCCGCCAUCAGAGACGGCUGGCUUUCUCCGAACCCAUGAUCGCCCACCUCAUCAACGCCGGUGCCGACCUCCACCGGCCCUGCCCCUACCAACUGCCCCUAACAUACGAACCCAAACCCGGAAACCCCAUGCCUGCUGCUUUAGUACUCGUCAACCCAAACACUCCCCCCACCUACAUGCCCCCGCUCUACACCGCCAUCCGCUACGGCCACGUCAAGGUCGUCAAGUACAUGCUCACCAAGCAGCCCAUCCGUGGUAACCCCCACGCCCCGCUAAACCCCUACCUCCAUCAAGCCGUCAACCUCGACCCGGCCAUCAAAGAGAAAUGGUCCAUCAGCAACCAACAGGACGAGGCAAAAGUCCGCAGCGACAUGGUCCGCGCUUUGAUUGAGUCCGGCGCCGACCCGACGCUACUCAACAGAAAUAAUGACACGGCGCUGUCAAUGCUCCUCAAGGGCCUUGCCGCCGAUCCAGAUAGGAGGAUGCUGAAGUCCCUGUGUCAUCUCAUCAAGCCAUUGAGUAAGGGGGUGGAUAUCAACCAGAAAAAUAAGGAGGGGAAGAGUGCCCUGGAGUAUCUGAGGGAGUUGAUGGUGUUAAAACAGGUGGAGGAGAAGGAUAGGGAUGGGCCGAGUACGAGUGAGGUCAAGAUGAAGGUUAAGAGGUACAAUGAGGGGUGA